AUGGACAGCAUACAGAAGUCAUUGGAAGGGUUGAGUCUGGAGGAAAAGGUAACCAAGCUAGUAAAGCGACUCGCCGAUAGUGAAGAACAUAACGUUAAGCUGAAGGAGAAGGCUGCUCAGGUAGAAAAACUUACCAAAGCAAACUCAGCAUUGGAGAAGAAAUUAGAGAAAGCGAAUCAAAUUCUGUUAAAAACAGAAGAUGCUAAAGGAAAACUGGAAGAAUUAUGUCGAGAGUUGCAGAGAAUGAAUAAACAGAUUCGUGAGGAUAGUUUGAAUAAAGUCCGAUUACUCGAACAUGAACGACAUCAAGCCGUUGAACAGCUUCGAGGAGCUUUGAAGUACAAGGAGAAGGACAACUAUUGGCAAGAGUAUAACAAGGCCAAGGACAUCGAAAUCAAAUUGCUCAAAACAAAACUUGAAGCUGCUGAAAUUCUUGCUCAGAAAUCCGCCCUAGAGAAGGAGGAAUUGACGAGAACGUUUGUUGAAGGUACAGCUCGAAUUGGAGGUGCUCUAGAAAAUGAAAAAGCAUUACGUGAAGAGGUGGGUAGGAUCCUUUGCUCAUCAAAUACGAUAUUAAUUCUAUUUGCUAUUUUAUCGCUCAUGCCUCGCAGAAUUCCAACAAUAGAAGGCGCUUGCUUAACUUCUCAAUUCCUUGAGGGCAGUUGUUUUCGAACCUUUCGAAGUAUCAAGAAAUGCUAA